AUGCUUACUCGAAUGCGGAUCAUAGUGUGGUUUCGUCGUGAUCUUCGUUUGCACGACAAUUUUGCACUCCAUGCGGCACUGACAUUGAUCCAGCAGCAGGAAAAGAAUCAAAAGAAGAAGAAAGAUGCUGUGCAGAUCGAGUUGAUACCGCUCUACAUUAUCCAUCGACCUCGAAUUAUGCGCUGCGGUGUAACACGUUUUCAAUUUCUGCUUGAAAGCGUGUCGGACUUGCAUGAGUCUUUGGCUACACGUCACUCGCAGCUUGUGGUUGCAAGAGGUGACGGCAUUGACGUACUGAAAUGCCUCUUGCCAGCAUGGGGUAUUACACACUUGUUCUUUGACGCAGUCUGUGAACCUUAUGCUGUUGAGCGAGAUAACCGUGUGCAAGCACUGGCAAAAAGUCUAGGCGUGGAAACUCACGUGACAAAUGGAUACAAUCUUUACGAUUUCGAUCCAAUAAUUGAAGACAACAACGGAACAGCUCCUAAAACGUAUCGGGCAUUUUGCAAAGCGGUGGCUGCACAACCUACGCCAUCUCAGCCACUUUCGACGCCGGACAAAAUCCCUACCUCUAAGACGACAAACAGUAAAUUAUACGAACAAGCAGUAGAUUACUGGAAAGAAAAAUCGAACGUCGGCAAAGCAACAAAGCAGGAAAACGAAGAGGAUAUUCAAACUCAGCUACACGAGAUUGCCGGUCCUAGGCUCAAGUUUACGCUACUAGAUCUGAAGGAUUUUGGGUACAAACCGCCUGGUAAACAUUCGUUUCUGUAUGGGGGCGAGCAGAAGGCGCUACAGAUCUUAGAGAGCUUUUGUCAAGAUGAAGACCGUGUGGGUAAGUUUGAAAAGCCCAAAACUUCUCCUGCGCAGUUGCCCCCGGAUACAUCGACGACUACGUUGAGUGCGUACUUGUAUUUUGGAUGCCUCAGCCCGCGAACAUUUUAUCAUCGAGUGCGAGCUAUUCAAGAAAGGCAAAAGAAAGCUUCAGCUCCACCUGUAAGUUUGGAUGGACAAUUACUUUGGCGAGAAUUCUACCAUUGCCAUGGUCGGGCCAACCCGUAUUUUGACAAAAUGGAGGAGAGUCGUACUUGCCUGCAGGUAAAUUGGCGCUGGCAUACAAUUCCGGAGAAAGAGAAGGAUAUGACUGACGACGACAAACUUGCUCGCACUCAGUUUGAGGCUUGGAAAAAUGGUCAGACUGGUUUUCCUUGGAUCGACGCCAUUAUGAUUCAGCUGAAGGAGGAAGGUUGGGUGCAUCAUUUAGCACGUCACUCGGUAGCUUGCUUUCUUACACGCGGUGAUUUGUAUAUUUCGUGGGUUCGUGGGUUCGAGGUUUUCCAAGAGCAGCUGAUCGAUCAUGACUGGAGUGUUAAUGCUGGCAACUGGCUGUGGCUUAGCAGCAGCUAUUUCUUCACGGCGUACUUUCGUGUGUACUCCCCAAUAUCCUUUGGCAAAAAAUGGGAUCCGGAAGGGCGUUUUAUCAAGAAGUAUAUUCCAGCGCUCAAGAAAAUGCCAGCCAAAUACAUUUACGAGCCCUGGAAAGCUCCACUUACUUUACAGCAUGCCUCGGGUUGUCUUAUUGGCAAAGACUACCCUUCUCCCAUCGUGAAACACAAAACUGCAAUGGACAAGUGCUUGGAUGGACUGAAGAGGUCAUAUGCCAAUAAGCAAUAUGGUGCACCUCCGACCCCCGCGGCCACACGAAAGCGUCCGCGUGAGAACUCAGCGAGCUGA